AUGGCUGCCGACGACGUCUUCGAAGAUGUCUUGAACCUGGAAGAACAAUACUACCGCGAGGGCUUCGAACUGGGUGUUGCAGAUGGCUCCAAAAGCGGUCGCAUCGAGGGACGGAUCUUUGGUCUCGAAAAGGGGUUUGAGAAGUUUCUGGAGAUGGGAAGACUGAAUGGAAAGGCUUUUGUGUGGGAGGCCAGACUGCCGGAUCAUUCAGCAGGCUCGGAGUCGACGACGACCGCUGCGAGCGAAGUUCAGUUACCAGCUCUAUCCGGGACGGAAAGAUUGAAGAAACAUGUGGACAGACUCGCUGCUUUGAGCGAUCCAGAUGGCCUGAGCACGGAAAACAGCGAGGAUGCCGUAUCUGAGUUUGAUGACCGACUGAAAGAUGCAAAAGCGAAGGCGACCUUGAUCUCAAGAAUCAUAGGCGAAAAUGAAGUUGAUGCUGGCCAGCAAGGUGGUUCGCGGCCCUCCGCUGGGCGUGGCAGAGUAGUCCGCGUGAGACGCAACGACAGCAACGCAGCUCCACGAAAUACUGGCGAGAUGGAAGACUUUGUUGGCUUGCGUGGAUCGAGAAGCUGA